AUGCCUCCUCUCUGGGCCCUGCUGGCCCUCGGCUGCCUGCGGCUCGGCGUGGGUGUGAACCUCCAGCCCCAACUGGCCAGUGUGACCUUUGCCACCAACAACCCCACCCUCACCACUGUGGCCUUGGAAAAGCCUCUCUGCAUGUUUGACAGUUCAGAGGCCCUUGGCAGCAACUAUGAGAUCUACCUCUAUGUCCUCGUCGACCUAGCCAGCUCCAGGAACGCCUCCGUGCAGGACCAUAGCAGGACCCCGCUGAGCUCCACGUUCCAGCAGACAGAGGGAGGGAGGACGGGCCCCUACAAGGCUGCGGCCUUUGACCUGGCCCCCUGCAGUGACCUGCCCAGCUUGGAUGCCCUAGGGGACGUGGCCCGGGCCUCGGAAAUCCUGAAUGCAUACCUCGUCAGAGUGGGUGCCAACGGGACCUGCCUGUCGGACCCCAACUUCCCGGGCCUCUGCAACCCGCCCCUGUCGGCAGCCACGGAAUACAGGUUCAAGUACGUCCUUGUCAAUAUGUCCACGGGCUUGGUACAGGACCAGACACUGUGGUCCGACCCCAUCCGCACCAAGCGGCUCACCCUGUACUCAGCGAUCGACACGUGGCCGGGCCGGCGGAGCGGGGGCAUGAUCGUCAUCACGUCCAUCCUGGGCUCCCUGCCCUUCUUCCUGCUCGUUGCCUUUGCUGGUGCCAUUGUCCUCAGCCUUUUAGACACGGGCAGCUCGGACAGGGAAACUACACACGACUCCCAGAUCACGCAGGAGGCCGUCCCCAGGUCCCUGGGGACCUCGGAGGCUGCGUACACGUCUGUGAACCGGGGGCCGCCGCUGGACAGGGCUGAGGUGUACACCAGCAAGCUCCAGGAUUGA